AUGACAUUGGGAGACUAUGAUUUCAUCAUAUUAUUGGGAGAAAGUGGCACCAAUACCCCCACACUAAGAGGACACCGAAAAAGCAAAAGUAAUUCUGAUGACAGAUUGUUGCCUGUCUCUGUCGACCAUGCAAAAGAUUGUCAGAACUGGCUCACUGUGAUUGACUGGGAUAUGAUGGUUAAUAAUCGUUUGCAAGAAGAGUUUGCGUGUCUUGCAGUUCGACUCACAAGCUCUGUGAAAUCUGUAUAUAUUAAAGAACAGACAGCUCCUUACGGCCUGGGAAACCCGCCAAGACGCCGGCGCCGCUCCCUGCCAAGGCGCUGUGAGUGCUCCAGGGCCAGGGACUCCGCCUGUGCCACCUUCUGCCACCGAAGGCCCCGGAUGACAGCCAUGGAAGUUCCGGGAAGCCGGCCUCCUGCCAACAUGCUCCAGGCUGGCAAGACUUGGACCCAUGCAGGAGAACUGCUCCAGAAGUUGAGGGACAUUGCCACAGCCAAGAUCCAUUUUGCAAGACAAGAACAAAAGGCUCUGAGGAACUCCAGGCCUAUGCAGUCUAGGUGGAGGAAGAGAUAG